UACCUCCGUAGAACUGGUUGUAGUAAGCCGCCGUCCGCCCUCUGUGUGAACACACACCCCUCACACUGUGUCUCUCUCUCUCUCUCUCUCUCUCUCUCUCUGUCUCUGUGUAGUGUGCCAGCCUCUGCAGACAGCGGGAACACCUCUGCUGUGCAACACGCUGGUCUUCACUCCAGUGACCCACCUCAUGGCGCCAAUGUUUCCUGCGUCUGGAGCAUUCGUGGAGAGGAGAAGGACCAGAGACUGAUCCAGGCAGCUAAGGAGGGGGCAGUGGAGGAGCUGCUGAUGCUGCUCAAAUCUAAGGCAGAUCUGGGGGCGAGGGACGAGGACAACAAGACAGCAGUCCACUGGGCGGCCUCCGGGGGCCACGUAGUGGCAGUGAGGUGUCUGCUAAUGGCAGGUGCUGACGUGGGUGCGAGGGACAACUUCCAGCAGACACCCAUGCAUGGGGCUGCACUGAAUGGCCACGCAGCUCUUGUGCAGCUGCUGGUGGCGUCCUCUGCCGACCCCAACGCCAGGGAUGAGGGUGAAUGGACGCCGCUGCACUCUGCAGCAUUCACAGGCCAGGCAGAGGCGGUGACAGAACUGCUGGAGGCAGGGGCCAACAAGAGGGCCGUGGAUAACACCAGCAAAACCCCACAGGACAUUGCCAGACAGUAAAACCACCAGCAGCUGAUAGACGUGCUAUCAUAA